CGCACCAUACUAAUAAGCCAUUAGUUCAAGCCCAAAAGUUUGAAUCUUUUACCUCGGCAGGGGCCAGUAGACUGGAGAGACGAGAAGAGCGGGAAGCCGGAUAGGGAAUCGGCGGGCACGCGGCUACCGAUGGAUUUGCGGCGACGAUUCGGAAAUGCAAUCAGCACCAAGAACACCGAUGGACGACCGAAGGCGCUGGGGGAGAUGGCGAUGGCGACGGCGACGGGUCACAGGCGACGGGGUAAACGGCGAUGGAGACAGGGAACGGCGACGAGGAGGAACGGCGCUGGGGAAGAUGGCGAUGGCGACGGCGACGGGUCACAGGCUACGGGGAAGACGACGAUGGAGACGGGGAACGGCGACGAGGAGGAACGGCGGCGAUGGAGACGGGGAACGGCGGCGUUGGAGACGGGGAACGGCGACGAGGAGGAAGGAUUUGUAGUCGGAAGCGGCGUUUCCUUGUCUCCACGAAGAAGAAUGAAAAUUAGGGUUCUGCAGAACAGCCCGACCCCGACCCACCUUCACCUUUAAUUUUCGGUCUUUUUGUUUUUUUUAAUUAAACCAACCGGCCGAAUGUAAAAAACCGAACGACCGGCUCGAACGGUUAACCGCUUCGGCCGCUCGCCGGCCGCCCCAGAGAACCAGUCCGGCUAAAUAGCUUAUCCGAGCCGGUUUUGUGCCCGGUUGGCGGUUUUGGCGGCUCGGCUUUGACAACACUGAAAAAAGAGAAGGAGAAGGCGAAGAAGAAGAAGAAGAAGAAGAAGAAGAAAGAAGAAGAAAGAAGAACGAGGAGCUGGGGGAGGGGACUGGAUAUAUCAUCAGUUUUUUCGGGUUUACAGGACCAAACAGAUAUAUAUUUUGGUUUGGACUGACCGAACCGAAAUAUAGUUCUUUUCAAAUU